UGCGCAUUAAGUGGGCGGAUGUAAUGAUUUCGAUGGGAAGAAAUAAUAUUCAGCAUCGAAGGAAUAACAACUGAAAUCAUCCCGUCCUGCAGCAUGCACCUAUGUGAAUGUGGAGAAUGACCAGCAAUGUCCAAGUUGAACAUUCCACCCUUUGUGCCUGCCCGGACUGUGCUGGAAGGCCUCGAGUCAGAGGAUGCGUGUGAAGACAAGAAAGCUGUAAAAAAGGAGAUCCAUAGCAAAAAGGUCAAAUAAGUACAAACAAGUAUUUUACCUCGAUUAUUAACAGUUUAUUUUGCCCAAAAAUGUUAAGGGAGCCAAAAAGGACAAAAUGGAAGAGGAGAAUACAGACCUGCUCAGACUUUGCCACACAGUACCGCUGGAGGUGGUGAACUUAGGUGGGAAAGGUUACGAUCCAGAGAAGAAAGACUACUCAGGUUUUGAGGCCUGGUUGCAGUGUUACUAUGUGGAUGGAAUGAAGUCUGUACGCGACCACAAUGGCAGGACUAUGUGGUUCAAAGGCGAUCCAGGUCCUAUGGCUCCUAAAGAAUCAAAGUCUCCAAAGGCCAAAAAGAGAAAAGAUACAGAUGCAGACCAUGAUUACCCCCGCAAGAAAAAGGUAUAUUCAGUAGGUAAUCACCACCAGCACAUAGAAAUCUAACCCCAUUGUGGCUGUACUUCAGGAUCCUAGCCUCCAAAGGAAAUAUAGAUUCGGCUCUGUCCCUUCUUGUAGAGGGCCUCAGCGUGUUUUGACCCAUUCAGCUUGUUGUCCAUGUGUACUCCGAGGUAUUUAUAAUCCUCUACCAUGUCCACAUCCACCCCCUUGAUGGAAAGAGGGGUCGCCAGAGUACUCCUCCUCCUUCCCAGGUCCACAACCAGCUCCUUGGUCUCCGUAACAUUGAGCUGGAGGUGGUUCUUUCCACACCAUGUGACAAAGUCCUCCACCAGUGUCCUGUAUUCCUCGUCAUCACCUUCCUCAAUACACCCCACUAUCGCAGAGUCAUCAGAAAACUUCUGAAGGUGGCAGGACUCUGACUGAUAGUGGAAAUGGGUGGUGUAAAUGGUGUAGAGGAAGGGGGAAGAGUACUGUAGCCUCCGGGGCCCCGGUGUUGCUGACCAGCCUGUCAGACACACAGUCCUGCAGUCGCAUAUACUGUGGUCUGUCAGUCAGGUAAUCUACAACCCAGGACACCAAGGGGGCCUCCACCUGCAUCUUCUCCAACUUCACACCCAGUAGCCCAGGCCGUUUAGUAUAAGCCGCCUCCAAAGGUGUUUCAGAGAAUUUGGCAAUACAUCCAACUGGCCUCACAGCCGCAGACCAUAUUGAUUGGCUGAGACCUGCCACCCGGACAGCUGCUACAACAAUUGGUUUGCUUAACCAUAGCAUUUCUGCACAAACUGUAAGAAACUACCAUGAAUUGAUUAACGUGGACCCCGACUUAAACAAGUUGAAAAACAUAUGGGGGUGUUACCAAUUAGUGGUCAAUUGUACGGAAUAUGUACUGAACUGUGCAAUCUACUAAUAAAAGUAUCAAUCAAUCAAUCUGUCUCAAGAAAGCUCAUCUGCAUGCUCGUGGUCCUCAUCGGGGUCUCGACCUAACUGCAGUUUGUCUUCUUAACCAACUUGAGUGGGCAAAUGCUCACACUCAAUGGCGUCUGGCACAAUACAGAGGUUUUGGUAUGUUAUUAUUGACAGCGAAACCACGUGCAUUUUAUUGAUGGCAUUUUCCAUGCGCAGAGAUACCGUCACGAGACCCUGAGCCCCAUUGUUGUACUAAUCACCCGAGGCCAUCACCUUUAUAAAUAACAUUUACUAACUCAUGUUGCAAGGAUCUGGAAGCUAAAAACAUCCCAGUUCUUGCAUGACCAGCAUACUCACCGGACAUGUCACCCAGUAAGUAAUUUUUGAGAGGAAUAUAUAUUUUCUGUAUAGUAAAAGUUUCAGAUCUUUAAGUUCAAUUCAUGAUAAAUGGGAGCAAAAACAAAAGUGUUGCGUUUAUAUAUUUGUUCAAUACCAUAUUUUUCGGAGUAUAAGUCGCACCUGCCGAAAAUGCAUAAUAAAGAAGGAAAAAAAACAUACAAGUCGCACUGGAGUAUAAGUCGCAUUUUUGGGGGGAAAUUUAUUUGAUAAAACCAGACGGCAAGAAUAGACAUUUGAAAGGCAAUUUAAAAUAAAUCAAGAAUAGUGAAGAACAGGCUGAAUAAGUGUAGGUUAUAUGAGGCAUAAAUAAGCAACUGCUAUGUUAAGCUAACAUAUUAUGGUAAGAGUCAUUCAAAUAACUAGAACAUAUAGAACAUGUUAUACCUUUAACAAACUAUCUCUCACUCCUAAUCCAUAAAUCCCAUAAAAUCUUAUACGUCUAGUCUCUUACGUCAAUGAGAUAAAUAAUAUUGAUAUUUUACGGUAAUGUGUUAAUAAUUUCACACAUAAGUCGCUCCUGAAUAUAAGUCGCACCCCCGGCCAAACUAUGAAAAAAAAACUGCUACUUAUAGUCCGAAAAAUACGGUGCAUAUUUUCUAAAUCAAAAAAGGAAUACCAUUAAAAAACAACAUAAAUUAAUAGACUUUGGUUUAAUCGGCCCUUUAAGUUGUCCAGCAGCUAUAAAAUGAUAUUGCUGAA